CAGCCAUAGACUGUAUCGGGCCAGGAUCAUUUUGGUGAGCUUCUCUGAGGAGGUUCCCUCGAAUUCCCAGUCCGUGACGAAAGGUGUGAACUUUUCCAGCUGCCCCAACGGCUUCGGUAAAUGUUACUGCGAGGUAAACACCGUCGAUGGAAUUAUGAGAGCGGCCAGGUUCACGGAACCUUGCAUUUCUACCGAAGGGUGUAUCCCAAGCAACGUCGAAACAUUCACUUUCGAAGGAGAGCCCGAUUCCAGCAACAGCGUGGACUCUAAAGAGGUUUACGAGAACUACGAUCGUGAAAGGUUCGAAGACACGCUUCGUUACUCGGAAUCCGCGCGACCGUCGCUGCGUCGCCUCCUGCAGGCUCGCCGGCUCGACGAGUACGGUUUACGCGAAAAUAGACCGUCGAAUAAGAAGCUGAGGAACACCAGGGUGUAUCGUUCCGUUCUACGGGGCCGAUCGGACGACGAUGCUGAUUACGACGACAAAGACGAGGACGACGAGGAGGGGGACAACGACGAAGGCGGCGACAAAGCCGACGAAGACGAGGAAGAGGAGGACGAGGAGACGGUGAACGACACGGAGUCGCCGCGCUAUUACGAUUACGACUCUGGCGGGAGUUCGAUGUCUAACUCAUGGAUUUCGUUCGCUACGGAACUGGUAAUAGUAAACAUUUUGCUGCGGUUGGCUGGUGUUUGAUUGGGCAAACGCAAA